AUGGCCAACAAUGGAUUCGACGAAUGGGGUGGCUACAUGGAAGCCAAAAUCACCAAGCUUGAAGAACAGUUCAGUGCCGCCAGUGAUCCUUUUAGGCAAUCCAAUUUAUUCAAUGGCAUAUCCAUAUUUGUGAAUGGUCUAACCAAUCCUUCGUCGGACGAACUGAAACGUAUAAUGAUGGUACAUGGCGGGACCUAUCAUCAUUAUCAACGUUCACAUACCACCUUCAUUGUAGCAUCCAAUUUGCCCGAUGUAAAAGUGCGCAAUAUGGACACAAGCAAAAUUAUAAGUCCACAAUGGAUUGUGGAUUGUUUGAAGGAGAAACGAAUACUGGACUACACCAAAUAUUUAUUGUACACCAAUCAGAAAACAUCACAGCCGUCCAUUAGUUUUGCGGUGAAAAAGAAAAAGGAAGAACCCGAUAUAAGUAUUGUGGAUCCGGGUGGUAGACAAGUCAGUAGUACGACAACGACAGAAGCUGUGGAUGAUUCAUUAGAAGCUUCCACAUCAGCCAAUUCUUCGGGUGUAGCUCGUACUGCAGUUGAUCCAAAAUUUCUAUCGGAAUUCUUUAAUAAUUCUCGUUUACAUCAUAUUGCAACUUUGGGUGCUGGUUUUAAGCAAUACAUCAGUGAUUUGCGUGACCAGAAGACCGAUACAGAAUUCCCGGCUAGAAUGCAAUUGAAACACAAAUUAAUGAAGAACAAUGUUCCAGAAAUAGAGAUCUUUAAAGAGGGUUCUCCAAAAUCGUAUAUAAUGCACAUUGAUAUGGAUUGCUUUUUCGUCUCAGUGGGCUUAAGGAACAAUCCACAUCUUCGUGGCCAGCCAGUGGCUGUGACACAUUCGAAGGGAGGAUCUGCUGCCGCUGAAGUCCCUGUCCAUCCCAAUGCUGAUCGUAAAGUAGAAAUGGAAUUAUUUGCCAAACGUUUUGAACAACAAUUACACAAUAAUGUGCUGUCGGAUAAAGUUCGUGGUGGUUUUGAAAAUAAAAUGUCAUUAUCGGAAAUUGCUUCAGCUUCAUACGAAGCUCGUGCCAAAGGCAUUCAUAAUGGCAUGUUUGUGGGCCAGGCAUUGAAGUUGUGUCCUGAAUUGAAAACUUUACCAUAUGAUUUUGAGGGCUAUCGAGAAGUGGCUUUUACUCUUUAUAAUACCAUUGCCCAAUAUACAUUGAAUAUUGAGGCUGUGAGUUGUGAUGAAAUGUUUGUAGAUUUAACAGAUGUAUUAUCCGAACUAAAGGUAGAUGUUAUGGAUUUUGUAAAUGCAAUACGUGAUGAAAUCAAAACGAAGACUCAGUGUCCUUGCUCAGCAGGAGUUGGUGCAAAUAAAUUGCAGGCUCGCAUGGCUACCAAAAAAGCCAAACCUGAUGGUCAAUUCUUUCUACAAAGUGAAAAUGUCGAAUCGUAUAUGGCUGAGAUACCUAUAAAAGAGUUACCAGGUGUUGGCAGCAGUACGACGUAUACCCUAAAGGAUGCCAAUUUGGUAACGUGUGGAGAUUUGCAAAAAGUUUCACUGGUGCGCAUACAAGUGUUGGUGGGAAAGAAAUUCGGCGAAACACUGUACCAAUUCUGCAGAGGUCAAGAUCAACGAGGUCUGACUUAUGGUCAAAUAAGAAAAUCGGUUUCGGCUGAAGUUAAUUAUGGUAUCCGCUUCAAAACAUACGAUGAGCUGGAAACAUUCCUGAAGCAACUUUGUGAAGAGGUACAUCAACGGCUGUUGAAUAUCAAAAGAAAAACAAAAUGUAUUACACUGAAAUUAAUGGUACGUGCUAAAGAGGCACCCGUUGAGACCUCCAAAUUUAUGGGUCAUGGUGUUUGUGACCAUAUAACUAAAUCAGUAUCAUUAUCAGAAUAUUGUGAUGAUUUGAAUAUAAUAACCAGGAAUAUACUCAAUACAAUGAAAGCACUGGAUUUGCCACCACAUGAGUUGAGAGGAAUUGGCAUACAACUUUCGAAAUUAGAUGAGCCCAAUAGCGAACCAGAGAAACCAAAAGAAAAUCGUAUAAUGAAUAUGUUUUCCAAAGUAAAAGAAAAGCAAAAGGACAAACCAAAGGAAGUGGCAACAUCGAAUGAAACAAUUCGGAUAAUUCAGGAAGUCCCUAAAGUAGUGGCGUCCACAAAUGAAACAUCCUCCGUAGAAGCAAACAAACCAAAAGAAAAUGCCAUCAAAGCAAUGUUCAGCAAGGUCAAAGAAAAACCCAAAGUGGAGCGUAAAGAACCACCUACCAAUCCAAUAGAAGUUAAAAAGAGUCCGGAAAAUAAAAGGCCUACCACAUCGAGAAGGGGACGUGGCAAAACAACGGUUAGCACAAAGGAUGUUAAAACAAAACAAACGAAACAAAGCGUAAUGGGGUUAUUACAAAAUGCUGCAGCGAAAAGAAAACAAGAUGAUACCGAGUUUCAAAUGCCUUCUGAUAUCGAUUUAGAAGUGUUUAAUGCUUUGCCUCCCGAUAUACAAAAUGAAAUCUUAAGUGAACGUAGAAGACAGAAACAUGUAAUUGUAGAGCCACCACCACCACCUCCAGCUAAAAAGGAAAAACCUCAAACGAAUUCCAACAAUAUAAGUAUGCUAAACGAAAGUGAUUUUCUACCCUCUACAUCGAGGGCUGCCCAGCAGAAACAAGAAAGAAAAAUUGCAAUGAAAAAUCAAAAGAAAUUGAAUACCGAAACUACAGCUACUUUAAAUUCAGCAGCAAAUGUACCCUUUACAGAAGUUGAUCCAGAAUUUUUAGCUGCUUUACCACCAGAUUUACGUAUGGAAAUUGAACAACAAUUGCAGCAACAAAAACAAGUUAAUGAUCCCGAUCAGAGUUAUCGUCCUUUAACACCACCGCCUGUAGCGAACAAUGAGUGCACAAAUGAAAAUAACAAUAAUAAUACCAACAACAAUACCUGCAUAAGUUCGGAAAAUAUUUUUAUGCAACCUAAAUGUUUGGAAAAGUUCUUGGCCUGGUUUCAAAGUGCAGACACACCUGAAAGCUGUGAUAUCGAAAUAAUUUGUGAAAAUGCAUGCGAAUUGGUUAGGGCCAAAGAAUUAAAUGAACUAUAUGAGGUGUUAUUGUAUUUUGGACGUUUGAUUAAUCAGCAAAGAUCCACAAGUCAAUAUUGUGCAUGGCACAUGGCUUUCAGAACAGUUUUGGAAUCAGUACAAAAGGAAAUGUCCGAUGUUUAUGAGGGAAAGAAACUAUAUAUGGGUGUAAAAUUGAAAUGUGAUAAAUGUAAAAUAUAAAACAU